UCUAAGAAGAAAGAAAGAAAGAAAGCAUCCUAUUAUGAUUAUAUCAAAAGUGUAUUAAAACUGGUAUACUUUUAUAGCUAAUCUAUUGAAUAAAUAAAGGAGAUAUUCGAAGAUAUUGAAUAUUUCAUAAGAAAAUAACACAUAACUACGGUCCAUCAUGGCAACAUGACGUCAUAGCCUUGGCAGAUAAAUAAUAAAUAUUAUAUAUUAAUAUAAAUGACCUCCUGAGACAACUACAUGUACUUCCACAUACGCAAAACGUCCCCAACGAACGCUCAAGACUGUAUAUUGAGUAUAACACACACGGUCACGUUCAUUGCAAACUGCAGAUGGCAAACUGUUUGUUAACAUCAUAUAUUAAAAUAAACACAGAGGUAUCACAAUAUUAUGUCUCAAACUAUAUUUAAAUUACAGACUGAAAUGCACAAUACAUUUCUUAUGUGAUGACACAUAUAUACAUAUACCGACAGCCAUCAGGCCAAUAUCAAACAUGUAACACGUUGGAAGACAAGAUGCUUCAGAUAAACACACACGGGCACAAGUCAGGUUCAUCUAAAUAAGCAGUGUCGCGUGGGCAAAUUAAUUAAGUUUUCUGACCCAUCGCAUCGCCAGCUUGUUUAGAAUUCCUAGUUUUCAAAGUCAGCGAGCGUAUAUUGAACCAGUAAACAUGGCCGCUGAAGGUUGAGUCUGAUCGCUAAACAAGCGUUCUUGCGUAUACGAAACUGUGUACUCAGGCCGACUCCGCUGACUUUGAACCGAGUCCCCCGCCAUCACGUUGCCCUGAUCUGUGGACGUUAUCCAAUCCCAAAGCCAAACUGCGAGUCGGUAUAAAAGCUGGACCCGGCAUGGAAGGCGAUCAUUGUCAUCCAGUGUUAGCUCUAUCAAAGAGCGUGUUCCAGCAUUCAAAACGGAGUCUAAGUGGAAGUCAUUCGUAAUGGACCGACUUGGAGAAAAGUUCCUCGCCCUCUUCAUCAUCCUCGUCCUCUUCGGAGUGGUUCAGCUGCACUUCAUCGUCAAACACAACCAGAUCGUCAGGGCGCCCUGUCAGGGUAACAACCUGGGCGUCCACUGGGUCCGGGACCCUACCAACUGCACCAAAUACUUCAUCUGCGUCUCCGGACAGCCCAUAAAGAUGCCAGGGUGUCCCCGAGGAUACGUCUGGUCCGUGUCCGCCAGGAACUGUGUGGGACGGGACUCUCGGUGGAACGAUUGCCCCGUGGUUGUGGUGGAAGCGGCCCCCAUGGUUGUGAAGUCACUCAAGUCUAAGACAGUCCGAGUGGGUCGAAUCAGCAACUUCUCCGCCACGUCUGACAGAAUGGAUGCAUUACUUAACAAGGAGGAUCCGGCUGGAAAAUAUGUUGUGGAGAUCAAACGUGUAUAUCCGAACCACCCCUGUGUGUUUUCCAAGGAGGAGGUCGUGCUGCCCCACCCCACGCACUGCCACUGGUUCUACAACUGCACCCUGUCGGUGGAGUCUGAUGACUGGAUGUACCACGAAGCUCUCACACAAGAAUGUCCCUACCCGAAACAGUUCUCGCUGGCCACGAGACAAUGCGAGAACUACGAAGACGUUGACUGCGGCACUAGAAAAGACGCAAAGGCUCCGUGCGACUACAGAGAAAACGUCUGCGGCAAGUCCCACUGUCGCCCAUGCGCAAUACGACACGGAAGUUGCAUCAGCAAGCCCGACGGUCGCCACCCCUUCCCGCUCCGAGAGUGGACCCCGCGCUUUAUCAUGUGCAAGAACGAGCGGACGGUGGCGCAGAAGGACUGCAGCGAGAAGAAACCCAUCUUCUCCCCGGAGUCGAACAAGUGCGAGGAACUGAUGAACGUCCCCAAACAGUUCGGCGGCUUCCAGCCCAUGUGCUCCGGAAGACAGGACGGCCUUCACCCCGACGAGACCGGAAGGUGCGACCUCUACUUCGAAUGUCAGAACAAGAACUUCACGAAGUACGAGACGUGUAGCAAGGGGGCGUCGUUCGACCCCAGGCUCAAGACGUGUCGACCCAACGACGUGGCCCCGCCCUGCGGCAACGACAGCACCACCCUGUGCGACGGCUUCAAGGACGGUUUGUAUGCCGACCCGUACGGCCGGUGCCCCAUGUACUAUCACUGUAGGAAGGGUGAGCUCAUGGGCUACCUCAAAUGUCCGUUCGGAGCCUUCAGUCCACAGACGGAGAAAUGCGAGUUUUCUCAAGAUAUCCCUGCGCCGUGCGGUACGCUGCCGAACAUCUGCGAGAAUCAGUUGGACGGAACGUACGCCGACAUGGACAACAACUGCAUGUCGUAUUACAAAUGCAGUCGGCGCUACGUCGUCUCCAUGAAGGCGUGCAAAGAUGGACUGGUCUUCAACCACGUUACGGGAGAGUGCGACGCCGCUAACAAUACGCCGGCGCCAUGCGGAAUGGGCCCCAGUUGCUUUGGCAAGAAAAAUGGCCGCUACCCGUCUCCACUGAGGGGUUGCGAAUAUUUCUAUACCUGUCACAAUGAAAUGUUCAGAGGUUAUGAAAAAUGCACGCUAAAGAAAGGAGGUUUCUAUUUUAAUCCCGAGACGGAAAAAUGCGAUUUCCCGCCAAACAUCUGUGCUCCAUGUGGAGUGAAAACGGAAAAUUGUACCACGGAAGCAUAAUUUGAACUCGCAUACUAAUAACCGGAUGACUCAGACACAGAAAUAUGCCACGAAUAGCUCUACCUCACGCAGAUGGUAAUCUACCUGCAAGGGAGAUAAUUUGUGACUGACCACUAUACGCCCGUGUUCACAGGAGUUAUCGGCAAUGAGUCGGACACGAACUCGUACAACACAACCAGUAUUUUAUGGCAAACAUCAGCUCAUCCAUCGCACAUAGUUACUUUAUUUAUCGCCCCUUUACCUUUAUCCACAAACAUUCUACGACAGAUUUCGAGCGGAAUAAGAUAGCCGUAAGGAGUGGGAGAUGGUUAAAAUAAAGUCGAGGUAAGGCGG